GAAAUAGACAACCUGAAUACAAAAUAUACUGACAAUAAUAACAAAGAAAUGUCAGACGAAGAUGAUUACAUGUCGGAGGAGUCGUACGAGUUUGAGUUCGAAGAGGAUGAAGACGAGGAAGAAAUAGCUAGCAAUGAAGCACCAGAAGACCUGAACUAUGGCAUGGAAAAUAACUAUUACAAUGCCAAGUGCUUAAAGAGCGACGAUUUAAAUGGGGCUUUAUUGGGUCUAAGACAAGUAUUUGAUAGUAACAGAAACGAGGAAAACAUUAAUUGGAUCUUUAAAGCUUGUAAACAAUUGAUUAAGAUAAACGUUCAGGAACAUCGAUAUGAUACUGCGAUUGAGUACCUUCAAGAACUUAUGCUUAUUAUCCCGAAAGUAAAUCCAAAUUAUGCGGAAGAAUCCGUCAGCAGGAUUCUUAACAAUUCGGAAUCAAUUAAUGAUCCAUCCUUUGUAUCUAAAGUGUAUGAUAUACUUUUAAAGUUUUUGAAUGACAAUACCGAGUCAGAGAAUGAAAAUGGUAGUAGUACCAACAUGAGUGAUAAGGGGAGCAGAAGAAGACUUUGGCUCAAGAUCAAUGUACAUAAGCUCAAUAUUUUGAUCGAUAACAAGGAUUGGAUUAAGUGUAAGGAAUUAAUUCUGGUUAUAAAUAUGAACUUACAAACAGCAUCUGAGAGUAUGAAGAACGCAUAUUCGUUGGAAGUAAUUGCGGCAGAAAUAAUUGUAAACACUCAAGGAAACACAAUCGAUAUCUCCAAGUUGCACCAUUUGUAUAAGAGAAGUAUGAAGAUUAGUACUGCCGUUACUCAUCCCAAAAUUAUGGGUAUUAUUCGUGAAUGUGGCGCAAAAGUUCAAUUUUAUAGAGGGAAUUAUGAAGGGGCAAGGUUGGAAUUAUACGAGAGUUUUAAAAAUUAUGAUGAGGCCGGAUCCUCUAUAAAGAAGAAAAUUCUUAAGUAUCUUGCUUUAUGUUCUUUACUAACAGAGAAUCAAUUUAAUCCGUUUGAAUCGCAAGAAACUCAAACAUAUGUUCUGCUUCCAGAAUACCAGCAUCUUAUUCAGUUGGUCAAGCAAUACGAUGAGAAUAAUUUGAAAAGGUUUAAAGAUACGUUACGCCUUAUGGAAAUCGAAGAGGACCCACUUGUUCAGGAUGAUAUAUUUAUUCAUUCGUCAAACAAAAUUAUGAGACAUCUCCAAUUGAAUAUACUAGGGAAUCUAUUGAAAUCAUAUAGAGCUGUUAAUUUGGAUUUUUUAGCUAAAAAACUUGACUUUGAACUUCAUGAUCUAGAAGAUAUGCUUUUAGAAGCUAUUAGCGGUGGGAAACUUCCAAAUGUUAGUAUUGAUUUGGUUUUGAAUUGUAUAGAAGCCAAGCCUUUAGGGCAAAGGUCUCUUUCACAGGAAAUUUUCUCUACCGUCGAUGCUACAGAUGUCCUUGAUAAUAUGAAGUGCCUGGACGCGUUAGGUGAUUUAUCAGAAGGUUCUAGUGAACACGAAGGAAGCAACGAUAUCUCAGAAAAGAGAGAAUUCAGCUCAUUAUGGUCGAAUAAAUUCAAUCAAGAUUAUAUGAUGCCUAACCUGGCACAAGAACCAGGGAGCACAGACCAAUCGUCAGUUAUUCCGACGACUGGUAAACAAUCUACAUUAAAUAAGUUUGUUUUCCAGCCUGACCUACCUGGAUCAGAGUUGCACAUGAUAGAUUCUUGGAUGAAGAUACUUUCUAGUGGGGUCCCUGUAGCUGCGACUGAAGAACUUUCACAAAAGGAUCAAGUCAAAUUAGAACAAAGAGUGGGAAUUACAAGCAAUGUAACUUUACAACAACUGUCUACAACUACGAAUGGUCCUAUUAUCCAAACCACUUUACAAGAGGAUAAAGAGGGAAGUUCGAGAAACAUUGAUAAAAUCAGUGAUAUGAGAAAUUGGUGUAAGCAAAUCCAGAGUCUUGCUACACCUACUAAUUAG